UCCAAACCCUACUCCAUGGCUCUUCAAGCUGCAACUCUCCUCCCCUCCUCUUUCUCUCUCCCCAAAGAGAGCAAGAAGUGCAACAUUGCAUCAUUCAAGGAUUCAAAUCUCUUUGGAAUCGAUCUAACCUCAUCUUCUCUGCAAGUCAAGGUAUCAUCAUCACCAUCUCUUCUAACGGUUACAGUCCAAUCUGUAGCAACUACUACACCAGGCUCCACUCAAUCAACUCCUUCCGGUAAGAAAACUCUCAGAAAAGGAACUGUAAUCAUCACCGGUGCGUCGUCCGGACUCGGUCUCGCUACAGCGAAAGCCCUAGCUGAUACAGGUAAAUGGCACAUUAUAAUGGCAUGCAGAGAUUUCCUAAAGGCGGAAAGAGCCGCUAAGUCUGCCGGAAUCUCCAAGGAGAACUACACCGUCAUGCAUCUAGAUCUCGCAUCACUCGACAGCGUCCGGCAAUUCGUCGAGAACUUCAAACGCUCCGGUCAGCCGCUCGACGUACUUGUCUGUAACGCAGCCGUAUAUUUUCCAACCGCGAAGGAACCUACCUACACCGCUGAAGGAUUUGAACUCAGCGUUGGAACAAAUCAUCUUGGACAUUUCCUACUGUCUAGAUUAAUGCUGGAUCUGUUGAAAGAAUCUGAUUAUCCAUCAAAACGAGUCAUCAUCGUCGGUUCAAUUACAGGAAAUACAAACACAUUGGCUGGAAACGUGCCGCCAAAAGCUAACCUGGGAGAUUUGAGAGGACUAGCAGGUGGAUUGAAUGGUUUAAACACAUCAUCUAUGAUAGAUGGAGGUGAAUUUGAUGGGGCGAAAGCUUACAAAGAUAGUAAGGUCUGUAACAUGCUGAUAAUGCAAGAAUUCCAUAGACGUUUUCAUGAAGAAACAGGGAUUACGUUUGCUUCGCUGUAUCCUGGUUGUAUUGCGACGACGGGAUUGUUUAGAGAACAUAUUCCGUUGUUUAGAUUGUUAUUCCCUCCGUUUCAGAAGUUUAUUACGAAGGGAUUUGUAUCUGAAGAAGAAUCUGGGAAGAGACUUGCACAGGUUGUGAGUGAUCCGAGUUUGACAAAGUCUGGUGUGUAUUGGAGUUGGAAUAAGGAUUCGGCAUCAUUUGAAAAUCAAUUGUCACCGGAAGCUAGUGAUGCAGAAAAGGCACGUAAGGUUUGGGAAAUUAGUGAGAAACUUGUUGGUUUAGCUUAAUAAUAGUAUUGGAGCGUGAUAGAGAGAGCUUGUAGAUUAAGAAUAUGGUUGGUGGU